AUGCAUCGAUCUACCUAUGAUGCCCGUUCGGGCUCGCGCUCUUCCAACCACAGCAACAGUAGCGCUUUCAGCCCCAAUGCCAACCCUAACGAAGACUGGACCAAGAUCUCGGACCUGGCAGAGCGUCGUCGUAUCCAAAAUCGCAUUGCACAGCGGAAUUAUCGUAAGAAGUUGAAGAGGCGCCUGGAGGACCUCGAGAGACGAGCGGCCUCGUCUGCUUCCCCCGAGCAGACCCAUGCAGAACCAGUGCCUCCCAAGGCUGUCAAGUCACGAACAAAGCAGCGAGCCCCUAAAGGCAGCGACGCCAGGCCCCAGCAGUCUCCGGCUCCAGUGCCGGAGCGGCCUGCAUCCUAUGACUACUUUGAAACCCCCGACGAACGCGCCAUGUUUGGCCAACAAUGUACUCGUCAACUCUCCGCCUCUCCACCCCCGCCUUCUCAUAUCAGCCUCUGCAGAAUUACGACGCAUAUCGACCACCAAUCGAUCCCCGCGGGGAUCCCGAUGAUUCACCCGGGCGCCAGCAUUGGCCAGCCGCGAAAACCGGCCUACGACGAGGACAUCAUUAGUCCGUUUAGCAUGAGCUAUGCGUCGAUGGCAGGCAUCGACCUCGUGCCGCAACCGCAACAUCCGGACCCGGGUCUUUCGCAGAUGCCACCACUCUCCUACGGCUAUCCGGAAGCUCCGCGGGCAUCCAACUCCCCCGAAACGUCCAUCUUCACGUUUCCUCUCACUCCCGGAAUCUCCCCCCCUGCUCUCCGCGGUCGAUUCCGGGGCCAGUAUGAGUCCGAUCGAGGGGCUUUCAUAGCGCCCCCCCCCCCCCCGAUCCCUGGGACUAUGACUUGCUAG